AUGGUGAAGAUUAACAUUUGCAAGUUUGAGGAUUUGAUGGGUAUUGCUUUGCAUCACUUCUUAUAUGUUGGCCUUGCUGUGAAAGAGUUAGGCUACCCUAUUGAUUUGCAAAGAGGAGGAACAUCACCAGCUACGCCAAUCGGCGUAUCAGCAUCGAAGCAGCGUUACAUUAACUGUUCGUAUAACGCAUCAGCUCGGAUCAUUGGACAACGACUUAAAAACAGAUGUAUAGCUCUCAAUCAACCACUGUCAUCAUUGUCAACAUCAUCAUCACCAUCGUUGUCACUACACUGUCAUUUACAAUUACACUCAUCGCUUACAGUUUUCUAA